AACGUCCAGAAAUCAAACAACCAACUUCAAAAACCCAGCACAAUCCAAGCAAACGAGGGUCGCCGUCGCGGGCAUUUUUGAGACCAACAAAAACUCAUUUUCACGUUCAAUUUCGCGAUUUUAACGGAGUGAAUUGCUGUGCAAUUACGAGGAAAAGUGCGCGCGACAGCUGGGCAGUGUUUUAAAGUGGAAUUUUUAGUUUUGUUUGCGUAAUUUUCGGCUUUUAGUUUUCCGGCGCGCCAUCAUGAAUCGAGGAGAAGGAACGCCACCGGCGACCAAAUCCGGCCGCAAGGUGAAGCGUCCGGCGCACUUUGACGAUUCGCCGGACACCGUGGCGGCGUCCCCCGGCAAGCGAAAGGACACGACGGGGGUGUCGGAAGCGGCUUCGGCGAAGAAAACCGCCCGGAAGACGCUGGCGCUGGGUUCGGUCGGAACGCCGCCUUCGGCGAAGAAUGGGUCCGAUUCGGAAUCUGGCGAGGUGAAGAAGUCGUCGCGCAAGACGCUGGCUAAAAAUGGGGGAAGCAGUCGGGAGGAGUCGCCGGAGCCGGAAGUGGUUAAGAAGGUUGCUCCUGCUUCGGCCCGGAAGACGCUGCUCAAGUCGGCGGUUAAGAACAGUUCGGCGGAUGGUGGAACGCCCAAGAAGACACCGGCCAAGAAGGUUGAAGCAGAGCCGGAGCAGGUUCCCGAGGCUGGUCCCGGGUUGUCCCGAACGGGACGUAAGAUUAAGGUGCCGGCACAUCUGAAGGAGUUUGAGGACGUGGUCGUGCCGGCUGUUACGGCGUCGAGAAAAUCCGUUGCUCCCAAGAAGGACGAACUGGACGUGGAGGAGAAACCGAUUCCGAAGACGCCGGGCAAGGCGAAGGCUGCCGUCGUGCGGCAGCUGGCCACAGAGCAUGAAGACGAGAAGCCUGCGGCCAAGACGCCGGGGAAGGGAAAGUUGACCCGCAAAGCUGCUGAAGAAAGCGAGGAGGAGGAAGAGAAACCGGUGACCAAAACUCCCGGACGUGCUCGAUCGGUUGCACGCAAAGCCAUCGAGGAGGAAGAGGAGGUCAAACCAGCGGCCAAGACUUCAGGACGGGGUCGGUCCAUGGCACGCAAACCUUCCGUUGAUGAAGUGGCUUUCGAAGAAAAGCCAAAGACUUAUGGUCGAGCCAGAUCGGUCGCUCGUCAAACGGAGGAAGAGGACAAACCUGCGCCGAAAACUCCCGGAAAAUUUGUUCGCAAAGCUGCUGAAGAACCAGAAGAGGAGACCAAACCGGCACCCAAAACCCCGGCCAGAACCAAGUCCGUGCCGCGUCGAUUCGCCGAUGCCGCCGACGAGGAGGAGCCCAAACCUGCCCCGAAAACUCCCGGCCGAGCCAAGUCCAUGGCAGCUCGCAAGCCAUCCGUGGACGAACCUGCUCCAGCUCCGAAAACGCCUGCUCGUCGAAACAAAUCCAUGGCUCCACAAGCGACCAAACCAGAAGAGACUGAUCCGCUUGCCCUGCCAGAAGAACCCACUUCCAAGGUCGAGUCUCCCGUCAAGAAACCGGCGACCAAAACGCCCGCCAGGGCGAAGUCAGUCGCGCGCGACCCUUCCCCGGAACCAUCGGUCAAACCAGAUUCCUCGGAACCGGCCCCAACAUCCCGCUCGGGACGCAAGAUCAAGCCCAAAAAGUACUUUGGCGAGUUCGAGCAGGACGAAUCGGUCCCGACGGUGGUGGCCACGGCAGCAGCAACCCCCAAAGUCGUCUCUGCGUCCCCGGUGAAGACCGCUUCGCCGAAGGUUGCGGCCCCGUCGCCGAUCCGUUCACCGCAGCAAAUCGUGAAGAAGGGCUCGCCGUACGCGCCGAAAAAGGACACUCCGGUGGCGGCGACGACGUCGCCGGUUAAGCGACUCAGCGUCCCGGCGCAGCAACCACCGGCGGCGGUGUCCACCAAGAAGGCCAAAAAGGACGACGAUGGCGAAAGCUCGCCGUUCAAGAUUUCCCCGGCGACGGAGGAGCGCCAAAUCACCAAGCGCAACGUCAACGACCAUCACCACCUGAAGCCGGAAACGCCGAUACCCGCAUCACCGGUGGCCGCCCCUAAAGCCGUCUCUCCGCCCAAGAAGGCCUCGCCCAAGCCGCUGGCAGUGUCGACCUCCGACCCGGAAAUCAUUCUCGACCGCGACCCGCUGGCCAGUAGCAGCAGCUCCAGCGUUCCAACUGAAUCUUCCGCCGAAUCUACCGCCCCAGCGAAGAAGGAAGAAGAGCAGGAGGAAGAGCCACAGCAGGAGACCAAGCCAAAGCGCGGCCGCAAGACACUGCCCGCUGCGUCAUCGUCCACCGAAGACUCCGAACCGAAACCGGCGCCCAAGACGCCCGGUCGCAAGACCAUGGCGGCCGCGCCAGCUCCGGCACUUGAAGAGCCCGGCAGCAGCCGUUCCGGCCGCAAGAUCAAGCCGAAAAAGUUCUUUGACGAUGCGGAAGCGACGGCGGCGGUGACCAAGUCGGCUGCGAAGCCGGUCAAACCGGAGACGUCGGCCACCCCGGCCGGACGUGGCAAGAGGAAGACGAUUGCACCGGUGGUAAGCUCGGAAGAGGAUGAAGACGAGAAGCAGAAGAAGAAGAAGCAAAAUGAUGACGAGGAUGAGCCGAAGGCGAGCGUGUCGCGCGAGGAGAUUAUGGCCAUCGUUGGGGACUUCCAGGAUGAGGCGCCGCCAGCGGUGGUGACGGAGGCUACGGAAGCCGAACCCAUCAACGGAACAACUCCAGAAAAAUCCGAUGCCGCGCCAAACACUGACGAAAUUUCAGCAGCCGAAGAAGUUGAACAGCCAGCAGAAGAGCCCACAUCUGCUGCCACCAUCCCCGAACCGGAAAUCCAGGACUCCACCGAGGCCGCCGUCGAGGAAGUCGCUCCCGAGUCUGCCGGAAAUUUUCCCGAGACCCCGAUCGAACAGACACCUCCUUUAGCAGCGCUACCGCAGCAGACCACAGCGGAGGCAGUCCCCGACGAUCCUGUGCCCUCAGCUGAGGAACCGUCGGUUGCCGAAACAGCGGAAGCAUCCGCCAGCAGUGCCUUCUCCGAGGCAUUGCUCGUUGAGGAGGAGUCUGCAGGCGCCGCCGCCGCCGCCACCGCAGGGCCGACGGUAGAGGAGAAGAUGGAGGAGCUGUUUGAGUCGGUGGAGUUUUUGGAGGAGUCGGGUCGGUUGAGUGACGUUGCGGCAGCAGCGGCCGCAGUUUCGGACGAUGUACCUGCCGAGCUGUUGGCGCAGGAGCUCGGGGAGGUGAUGGGUGAAGUUGGUGAAGCUGUUGGGGAAGAGCAGGAGAAAGAGGUGGUGCCGGAGAAGGAGGUGGUGCCGGAGGAAGAGGUGGUGCCGGAGGAGGAACCAGCGGUUGCGGAACCAGCUGAAGCAGCUGUUGAGCCACAGGAACCGGAUCAGACGGAUGAUUUGGACAACACGGAGGCGCCUUCGGCGCUUGAAGAUUCUACGCAAGAGUCCGUUGCACCGGCAGAGGACGAGUUGAACAAGACGGAGCCUCCGGCAUCGCUGAAUGACACCGCAGAGGACGUGGCUCAAAACGAGGAGGAUUUGUUCUCGACCAGCAUGCCGGACUCGGUUGAUGAGUUUUUCGCGGAAAACGACCGCGACCAGGAGUCGAUUACGGUACUGCCGGAAGCUCCCAAGCAGAAGGAACCGGUGCUGGAGCAGGAAGAGCUGGAUCUCGUCGGUAAACUGCCGGAACCGCAGCAGUCUUCGAGCAACACGGUGGCGUUCGUAGAAGUUCCGGACACUCCGGUCGUGGCAAUCAAACAGCCAACUCCGACAACGCCAAAGACUCCCGAAUCAAAGCCAGCGAUCGCCAAGGACGAUGACUACUCUCCGGACAAACCGGACGCCCAAGAGCAGGCCAGCGUUCCCGUGCAGGCGCCGGAGAUCAUCGAAAUCUUUGACAGUCCGAUCGUCGCUACGGCCCUGGAACCGGCGCCGAGUCAGGCCACCAGCACUCCGGUGGGAAAAAGCACCGCCGGCAAGUUGACCGUCAAGGAACGGCUCAUCCAGAACAACCGCAAGAGGUCGCUGUCGGCGAGCGAUGCCGACUUGAGCACCAAGAAGAUCGUCACAUUCCACAGUCCGGCCAACAGCACGAUCAUGGUCGAGACGUUGGAUGAGCGGCUCAAGAAGAGCCUCAAGGCGGACAGCAAAUCCAAAAACGGCCGCAAGCGGUCCCUGUCGGAGCACAAGGAGAUGGGAGCAGCGGACGGACCAAGCCGUCCAAGAUCAGCAAGCUACCCAACUUUAAAACAUCCACCAGAACCAGUUCAGCCGGAUGGAAUCGAUUGCCGAGUAUCAGAACCGAAAGGCGCAACGUGCGAAGGAGAUCCUUACGAACAGUGCCACCAAGAGUCCGGCCCCCGCGCGGAAUGCAACUCCCCAGAAAUCUGCCCCCCAAUCUGGUCAAAAGAACGGCGCUGGCGUCGCUACGCAGCUGAAAUUCGGCGCUGCCAAGCCGGCGUCACACUCUACUGCAGCCCCGUCCUCGUCCUCCUCCUCCUCCGCCGCGGCCAAGCUACUCUCGGACGAGGCCCGCCAGGAGAAGCGACAGCAGCAGUUCAAGGCCGCCUUCAAGCCCAGAAGCGAGGACGGUGCAGGUAAGUCACAGCAGGAUGCCCCGGACGGAGCGCGGCGUGUCGUCGAGCAGAGCCGCCACAAGCAGCACCAGAUUCUGAAGGGCGUCCGCACGAACAAGCGGUUCGAGCUGCUCAUGAAGUUCCGGGACGCGGCGCAGGAUUAAGGCGACA